AUGAGUACCUCGGACUUUGGCAACAUACCGGAGAAGGCUCUGAAGGGCAGAGCCUUGUCCCAUCAAACAAUUCUGCGUGCUCCAGAAGUUAUACCGAAGACUACGCAGCUGACAUGCCGAUACAUGAACAAUGAUCGCAAGCCCUUCAUCACUUUCAAAUUCAAGUACCGGUCUAAGGCUGCCCUUCAGUCUCUUCUCAUCAUCCCCCGCAAUCCCAGUCCAGUACCGCUCGAAGAUCGUGACGGCGAUAUCCUUACUCUAGAGGAGUCCCACGAAUUACUUCGGCGUCAUCGUGAACGAGAAGACGCCGCGCCAAGUGUCAAGCGAGAAAGAUUCAAGCGAGAACGAAGCAGUACCGCUGUCAUGGAGGAUCAGGAUGAUGACAACGUCUCUUUUGUAUCUGCUAAGCGCAGGAGGCUUCCCAUUACUCUAAACGAGGACGGUAUCGAGAUUGUCGAUUUGACUUAG